AUGGGUGUCCGGGAUUCCCAUGGUGAGGCGGCAGGGACGCCCGACCCUGUAGAGAAGGGGUUCGCCACCCUUAACACCAUCAGGAUCGGUGUGAAGGCCAUGGUGCAGAAGGAUGGUGAGCUUCGUAAAGCAGAGAUUCUAUCAAUCAGGCAGCGAAAGGAUGGACCAUCACUCUAUGUUCAUUAUGUUGACUUCAACAAACGUCUUGACGAGUGGAUACCGGCGGCACGGAUUGAUCUCUCCCAUGAGGUUGAGUGGCCCCAGCCAGAGAAGACCGAAAAGAAAAAGGCUGCCACAACAAACAAGGCGCCCAGUAAAAAUGUCCAAAAGCGCCCUCGUGCCGACAGUCGUGAAGUCUCUGGGACUCCAGAUGCCCUUGGAGGCAAAAACGUGAACGUCGGCAAGGCUUCUAGACCAUCAAAAGCUGGCGGCAAAGAAAACCGCGAUGCCCAAACGCCCGGUGGCGAUGUCUCUAUGUUCCCAUCUGAAGCGGCCUCUGCCGCUGGGACACCCAGAGGUGGCGACUCAGAGGAUGUGGACAUGGCAGAUGCCAAUGAACCUAAAGAGGAUGAAGUCAAGACAGCAUCGGGUGAGGUGAUAUCCCGUGAAGAGGAGAUCGAACGGCUCCGCACAAGCGGCAGUAUGACACAAAACCCGACUGAGAUCCAUCGUGUUCGUAACCUGACCCGUCUUCAAAUGGGAAAAUACGAUAUUGAACCUUGGUACUUCUCGCCAUACCCGGACGCUUUCUCAGACGUUGAUCUCGUCUACAUCGACGAGUUCUGUCUCAGCUACUUCGAUAACCAACGCGCUUUUGAGCGCCAUCGCGCAAAAUGUACCCUCGUACACCCACCCGGGAACGAGAUAUACCGCGACGACAAUAUCUCCUUCUUCGAAGUUGACGGGCGUCGUCAGCGCACUUGGUGUCGCAACCUGUGUCUCCUCAGCAAACUGUUCCUCGAUCACAAGACCCUCUAUUAUGACGUUGAUCCCUUCAUGUUCUACUGCAUGUGUACCCGCGACAAGACAGGAUGCCAUCUAGUCGGUUAUUUCUCCAAGGAGAAAGACUCCGCUGAGAGCUACAAUUUGGCCUGUAUCUUGACGCUACCACAAUACCAGCGCCGAGGAUUCGGCCGUCUGCUGAUUGCAUUCAGCUACGAGCUCAGCAAGCGCGAAGGCAAGCUCGGAUCGCCCGAGAAGCCUCUUAGUGAUCUGGGUCUCCUUAGUUAUCGACAAUACUGGCGAGAGACGCUAGUGGAGCUUCUGAUAGAGCCAAAUCGAGAGGCGAUGAGCGAGAACGAGCUUGCUGUUCUUACUGCCAUGACAGAGAAGGACGUGCAUGAGACUUUGGUCGUCUUCAAUAUGCUUCGAUACCACAAAGGAAACUGGGUUAUCGUUUUGACAGACUACGCCGUCGGAGAACAUAACAAGCGCCUUGAGAAAGAGAAAGUUAAGGGCGCUCGUAGGAUCGACCCAGCUCGUCUACAAUGGAAGCCUCCCGUCUUUACUGCCUCCAGUCGGACGUGGAACUGGUAG